AUGCGUCGCUCCACACCUGGAGUCUUUAGCGGUGUUGAGCCUCACACGCCACGAGUGUGUGGUUCUAAAUCAAAUUCUUCGUUUCGCGCGAAUUCUGAUGAUUCUAGACGUUGUAUUCCUCCACCUGUGCCUUGCCGAAAUCAGCCCCCUCCUCUUCCACCUAAGCACCACCUCCGUAAGAACACUGGAGUUGAGUUUAACAAGCACAGAGAACCUCUUGAACCCUUGGAUUCUUAUGGGAAGUAUGUUUACGAGUCAAUAAGUGAUUCUAAUGUGUCCUCGCGUUCAAAUCGACAUCUGCCGCUUCCGCGAUCCUAUGCAACUCGCAAUUUCCCUCAGUCCAGCACCACUUCGCCUUUUGGAUUUCGUUCAGUUUCUCCCCACACGAUUGGAUUUAAUUGCGGUGGUAGGAAUGUAUCUGGUCAUGCGCCUUACGAUGCCAGAACCUUUAAAUAUCCGUUUUCUACACCCUUCGCUUUUGACCCCAAUUCCGAGCUGUUAAAGGGACCAUGCACGUGCAGUUUAGGAGCAGGAGGAGGCAAAAAACUGUCAUUCAACUCUAGCAACCAAAGUCCUGUGUGGUCCAAAAUGCCUUCGGUGGUGACACGCCCUUCCGACGCUGUACAAUCGAAGGCUACGCGUUCAGGUGCGCGCGACCAGAACCAUCAAGAGAAGAAAUCUACCCAUGUUGACAACCGUCCUUGGACCAUUUCGCGGCUUUCCAGAACUAUGAGUCGCUUCUUUCGGCGGGGAAUGUCUCAUCGUAAAAGCAAAUCGAAUCCCAUGCGUUCCCGAUCAGAUUACUUCAAUGAUUUUCAGGAUAAAUUUAACGGAAACAUUGCGCCUGUGCCUUCUCACUUAAGUGCUGUGCGUUCGCCGGCGGUGACCCUGCCAUCUUCCCCAUCCGUUCCUUUACCCCCCACCGUGCCACCACUAACAGAAGAAACAGCUACUUCCACCUCAUCCGCUCUCCACUGCCACGAUGCUGUCCGCCAUCAACAUCCAGUGCAGACAGUAGCCAUGGUAUCCACGUCCACCGAGAUGCCUACUUGUACCAGUCCUCCCAGCAUCUCUUGUGUCCACCACGUCCACCACAUCCAUCAUGUUCAUCACGUCCACCACCACCUCCACCACUUGCCCCCACCUCCUCCUCCUCCUCCCGCAUCUCUGCCCUCACCAGGGUCACAAGCUGUGACCUCCUUCCCACCUCCUGUCACUGAUGACGCUGCCGCCGCUCUCAUCAUGAUGCUUGAAAACGCCGCCACUCUUGGGGAAACUCCCCCACCACCCACCUUGCCUCUCUCUGUUCUCAAGGACUCGAAGUCAGCCGAACAGCAGGUUAGCAGUGCCGGGAAUUCCCAUACCUACAGCGCCUACGGUGUUCGCGGUGGAGCAACACCCGCCUGUUGUCCAAUCUCGCCUACUCCACCACCGCCGCAGCCCCCACCACCACCACUGCCACCUCAACCGUCAUCUGCCUCUACCCUGCAUCGGCAGAACACUACAGUGUGCUCCGAUCCCCGUUGCAUCACUGCACAUUGUCGGCGUCAUGUCCAAGGUGGGCUUUGGGGCAUCUGUAAACAGUACUGUGGAUUUCUGUUGUGA